AAUGUGAUACUUUGUACAUUCAUUGUACAUGCUCAUAAUUCUUAUCACAAGUAUAGCCCUUUCACUGAUUCACACUUUUUGGGCUUACUUUUUGCUUGUUUUAUCUCUUAAAGUAGAGCUGCCACGAUUAGUUGAUUAACCAAUGAGUUGUCAAACAUUAAAUUAAACAGUUUUGGUCGUUAAAUACAUUUUAUAAAUCGUUUUAAGUUAUUUCUAACAGAAAUAAAAUGUCCACAUUAUCUAAAUUUCAGCUUCUCAAAUGAAAAUAUUUUCUGGUUUCUUUUGUACUGUAUGACUGACAAUAAACUGAGAAACAGUAAUCCACAUUUUCCACGUUUUGUUUUGUUUGUUUUUUGGGGUAAUUGUACAGCCCAAAACACAGAUUUAUCGAUAUUUAAAUAAAUCUUAGCAGAGCUAUUUUAAAGUUGUCCUGUCAAAGUGAAGCCUUCAUUACAUUAUUUAAAACGCAAGCCCUUACAGUUGCCACGUAUGUCACAGUAAUGAUGAACAAGUUCACAUCAAGACAACUUAGUGGAGUGUGACCUAGAAAGGCUGCUGCUCUGGGUCGGAGAUGGCCUUGGACGCAUCAUCGUGUUGUUAAAUUCCCACUUUUACAGAAAUAGCUCUUUGUUGUCUCUGUGAUCCUGAAUAAUUUAUUUCGAACCGUCGUUCCGUUGUGACAUUUGCUCACAUCGUCCCCGGGUAAGCAUGGGCAGGAUCCUGAAUCCCUCAUCAGAACCCGGAAAGGUCAAGUGAUAUUGAUCUCACUAUGCAAACGCGCUCUAUAUUGUCAGAAUCAAACCUCCAAGGUUGGGAUCAGGUCGAACAUUUCCAGACCAGUUCGGGGCUCGUUGUGAGAUUCGGCUCUUGUGAUGCCUUUUACGGGCAGAACUGGUGAAAUUACCGCUGGAAUUGAGUAAAUCUGACCAAACGGACUUCGCUCAGGGUGAUGAAUGGACAGAGACUGUAAGUUCAUCCGUAUGUUGCUGGUCAAUCCGCGGUGCGUAAAACGCGCGCUCAGGGGUGGGGACUUCUUUGGAGAGGCAGGACCGAAGAGACACACCAGCACGACUCUCUGCAUCCACAGGUUGCUGCGCGGCUCUCUGCUCCUCUCCGAGCAUCUUCGCAACCCAGAUUUAAGAGUACAGCCGGUGGAGGUGAACUGAGGAGUCGUUAGAGGAGACGCGUUUGGCUGACCGGUUCGGACCUGGACUGCGCAAAAAACCUCAUGAACAAAAUGCCAAAUCCACAGCCUUGGAUUAUAACCUGCCUAAACAACAAUCCAACUGUACUGCGCAGGACUUUUUGGUCGUAAAAAAUAUCUUUCUUCGGAGGACUGUGCGUUUUAUUCGAGACCACCAUGCCACAGGUCCCUCACUGCAGCUGCACCAAGGUGACAACAGCAACAUAAUGGCAUGUAGGAGCGGCUGCUGCUGCGGCUCCGGUCCAAUAAACGAGGAUAACGCGCGGUUCCUGCUGCUGGCUUUGUUCAUCAUCAUCUAUCUCCUCUGCGGGGCCGCCGUCUUCUCCGCGCUGGAGCAGCCAAAGGAGCGGGAGGCGAAGGAGCGCUGGGCGCAGAGGUUCGAACAUUUCAGCCAGAAGUAUAACCUGAGCAAGAAAGACCUGAAUAACUUCCUCAGGAACUAUGAGGAGGCGAACGUAGCGGGCAUCCGUGUGGACACAAUCAGACCUCGAUGGGACUUCACCGGCGCUUUUUACUUCGUGGGAACUGUGGUAUCAACCAUUGGGUUCGGGAUGACCACCCCUGCCACCAUUGGAGGAAAAGUCUUUCUGAUGUUCUACGGCCUGCUCGGCUGUGCAGCCACCAUCCUCUUCUUCAACCUGUUUCUGGAGCGUGUCAUCACCGUCAUCGCUGUCGUCCUCAAGUCCUGUCACGAGCGACGCCAUAACAAAGCUGUGCUCCCGCAAAAUGGCCGACGACUCUCUGAUGGAAACAGAGCAGGUGGAGCUGGCGGGAGUGGUGGAGGAAAAGGAGAGGGUCUGGCUGGCUGGAAGCCUUCGGUCUACUGUGUCAUGCUCAUUCUAGGAGUGGCAGCCAUCUUGGUGUCCUGCUGUGCCUCGCUCAUGUACUCGGCAGCCGAGGGCUGGGGCUACCUGGACUCACUCUACUUCUGCUUUGUGGCCUUCAGCACCAUUGGUUUUGGAGACAUGGUGAGCAGCCAGCGGGUCGUCUACGAGGGCCACGCCACGGCUGCAUAUCGGCUGGGCAACUUCUUCUUCAUCCUGACCGGCGUCUGCUGUAUCUACUCCCUCUUCAACGUCAUCUCCAUCGUCAUCAAGCAGGUCCUCAACUGGCUGCUGAGGAGGCUGGAGGCCCCCUGCCGCUGCUGUUUUCCCAGGAGGGGUCACCACCCGCACAGGCACCCCCGACGGAACGUGGUGGCCCCGGGUCAUCUGCGCGCCCGCAGAGACCCCUCCAUUGAGACAGACGCCAUCAACGAGAGCGAGACUGACACUGGGCGCAGGAUGUCUGGGGAGAUGAUCUCCAUGAGGGACUUUCUAGCAGCCAAUAAGGUGAAUCUGGCUAUCAUGCAGAAGCAGCUUUCGGAGAUGGCCAUUGGGCACCCUCGCCAGUCCAGCUCCAGUUCACGUCAGAACGGAUUCUCAGGAGGGGUGGGUGCCCUUGGCAUCAUGAACAACCGGUUGGCAGAGACUAGCGUGGACAGAUAGGGGAAAACAGUGUGAAACCUUUUUUUUAGGGUUACAAAAGGCUGAGAGGAUGAGAUGAGUAAGGACAAAUUGACACUGUGGGCCCAGAAAAAAAAGAUUUUGAGUGGUGUACAAGACUGAAUUUAUGACUACAUAAUACAUCUCCAUCGACAAGCAAGCUGACCCCCAGCAGCUACAGCUUAGAAUCAAACCCUCUCAGCCCACUCUGCUGUCAAGAACAUGGCUACAUUAAUGUUGUAUGAUAGUUUGCUGGAGUCUCUCAUCUGGACCAGGCUCAGUGCGCCGGAAUGCUCCCCCGUGAGGAAUUCAGUUUCCAUGGUGAUAAAAAAGCCUGUCUAGAGCCCCUGUAUCCAGGCCUUAAAGACCUGAUGCACUACACGCUACUUUACACCUAACUGCAACUUCCACCCAUCCACAGUACUUCACAAUACUCACUAUCAGUCUACCCACGUCCACUCUACUGUAUGCGUCAUUGUAAAGGACAUUAAUGAGAAAAUAAUAGCUUUAAUAAAAUGGGUGUUCCUUGGCUUUGUGUCUAACGGUAUGUAAAAUGAAACAAGAAUCCCAAUUCAUAAUUAAUUGAAUGUUUACCUUGAAUGCAAAAUGUAUAAUUUUACAACCAGACUAUCAAUGACACUAGUUCACAUGGUUCAUGACUCAGACACAGCCGCAUUAUAUGCUAUUCAAUAACCCUGCAUCUUUUGGCCCUGCUUUCAUUCAUUAUCACGACAAAUAGAAGACAAAACCCCCUAAAAGAACCUCAUUGCAAACCAAACAGACCUAUCUGGAUCUGAAUGGGUGGUGUUGUGAGUAUGAGAUGAAACCUUUUAUGUGCGACUGCUUUUUACUUUGUGAUGUGCUGCGACAUAAUCCGGGCACAGAUGCAGACAUUUUCACACCCUGAUGUUGUCCAGGCCUGUAGUUGGUUGGUACUGAUAUAAAUGCAGUGAAAAAGAGAAUUGCUCCGGGGUUGUUUGAUUCUAGCUCAGCUGUGUUAGGUUUGUGUGUUUUCUCCUGUAAUGUGGAUUCACGCUAAGUGUAGAAAACAAAAAGGACAGAAGACAGACAGACAGACAGACAGACAGAGGUUGUCCAUAACACGCCUUUGACACCGGUGAAAUCUGCAAGCAGCCAAGAGGGAGAAUGACUUGUGGAUGCUAUAUUAUGCUUGAUUUAGGGAGAUGGUAGAGGCAUCUUCUUUCUCUUUGUACAUGCAUGAGAAGAAGGCUCCACUUCUGACGUCAUCAGCUGAGCUUUGGCAUAUUUGACUGAAGUGUGUGUGUGUUUUACAGAGAACGUGAGCAGAGAGAAAUCCUUCUUUAGUGUCGUCUUGAUUAAUGACAACCUAGCGAACCUACAAAGAAAGAAUGUUAAUGUGAACAUUAAUUUUGUACAGAGUUGUCAUGAUUUUAUAGGAUGCUUUCCAAUGGUUGUACGAAUACUAUAUCUGUGAGUCAUCCUUUUCAGUUCACAGCAGAAACUGAGAAGAAGGAGGCGAGAUCCAGAUGGCACACAGCAUUAAUAAAACAUAUGCAGAGUAAAGAAUGUAUUUGUAUAAAAUAAACAUGAUGUAACUGACCAUUGCCUAAAUCCGUCCACCAAACAUUGAUUUUUACAAUCAGGAUUGGAAUCACAAAAAAUCCACGAGACCAUAAUUACAACAAAACUAUGUUUUUUUUUAGAGUUUAGAGGAUAGUGUCUUUGUGUAGCCUUUCCAAAAUCAAAAACACACAAGAAAAGAGUGUAUUAAAGGCCCAUGUGUUGAUUUGCUCAAAUGUAAUAUAAUAUUCAUAGGUGUGUUUUUAUUAGUGUAUAAUCACCUGAAAAUAAGAAUCUUUAUGUUUUUAUUACCUUAGAAUGAGCCGUUUUUAUCUACAGAUGAAAUGGGUCCUCUCCUACGGAGUCCACCAUGUUGAACCGCCAUGUUUCUACAGUAGCCCAGAACAGACGAGGUUUUCAGUUGGUGGCAAUCUGGUCCUUUAAACAGAGUGUUUAACUGCUCUAAAAUAAACUGAUUCAUUAGCAUGUCCACCUAACUAGCUUACUACCAAGGGGUGGUAACUAGGAGCACAUUAUUAGUACUUAGUAGCACUCCACUGUAGGCUAUUUCCCCACUGUGUGGAAGCCAGCCCUGGACGCUAUCAGAGUGCUUCUGCCCUGCUCAUCAUUGAAUUUAAUAAAAAGUUUACAUUUUGUUACCCCAGCCAUGCAAGCAAUUUCAGCUUCAGUCAUGGAGCUCAUGUUUGCUUAACUAGCCAGAUAGCUACAGCUGUUACAAGAGAAGCUGCAUAGAAAUGGUAAGCCUGGUUUUGUCUACCAUUGUUUGAAAUCAGUAUUGUUAAAAAAAGGAUUUUGAGUGGUAAAUCUGGCACAAUUAUCAUUAGCUGUGUUUCCAUCAAUACAUUUUCAAGAAUUGCAUUAGAACAUUUUUAUGGAAAUAACUGAGUUUUUUUAACUUGUAGAAUUAAUGUGCUUAUUAGGAGGUGGAAACACCUUUUCCAAAUAAGUUCUGACAUAGGGAAUAUUUAUGACAUAGCUGUUUCAGCUCCGAGAGAAGAGGAGGAGAAAGAAGAAGCUUUCUCCUCUCCAGACAACAUGAAACAUGGCCAAUACUGGCUGACAUAAAAAAUAAUUACAAGAUUCCCAACUGAAAAAGAAUCAUGAAGACGACCUAGAUGAUUGGUUUUGUUUCUUCUUCUUCUCUUUGAGGUUUAUUGGUGGCAAAUAAUUGCUUUUGAUUCCAGUUUGCAACCGCCAAAUUGUGAUGAAACUAAUUUAUUAGUUCAAGUUGAUGGAAAUGCACCUAAUUUUAGCCUUUUUUCUCUUUUGCAACAGUUUGCUUGACAAUUUGAUGGAAACAAGGCUACUGUAAACUGUAAAAUGUGCCGUGCAACUGGGUUCAAUCAACGGUCAAUUACUGCAGCUGUAAUUCAUAUAUUUCAAACAAACAUUUGAAUCAUUGUGUGUUUAAUUGUUCUUCUAGGUUCAUGAAGUUGUAAGGUACUAUAGAUGUAAAUCCACCUUGUCUUUAUGUAUUUAAACUACAUGUGAGCACUUUGAUCUCCUUAAUACUAACAUUAAGAUAUCAGCUACAUAUUCACCAAGUCAGUUCAUUAACAGUACAGAGAAAAUAACACAGACAAAGCCCUAAAUACUGAUAUCCAAUAUCAAUAUAGAAUCAUAAAACUGAUAAAAAAUAACUUGAAUCUAGCAGCCUCCACUCUUUGCUAUGGGGACAUUCUCACCCUCAGACAGAAUAAUCUGAUGCACAAACUGCGAAGAUGUUGCUUUUCCAUUGGCAGGGUCCAUGCACAUGCACACUACACAAACAUAAUCACACUUUCAAGUGCACACACAAAAUAGCCUAAUAGAGAAUCAGAUUAUAUCAGAGAAGCUGUGCCUACACAGAUAAUAAUAGCUUUGAACAAUUGCCUGUGUGUUCCUGUUUUGUUUGUGUGUGCAUACGUUAUUCGUGUGUGUGUGUGUGUUACAGGCGAGACUCGGACAGACGCAGACAUACAAAGAGUCUUUGUUAAAGCUGUUUUCCGAGUCACGACAACUCCCAGAGAGUUACUGACACUGCUGUCGCAUCCACUGAGUUGGAGACAAUUUAAAAUGCACUCUAAUGGAACAAUAAUGCAGGAUUUGACAAUGUGGUUGAUGUUGCUGUGCUGCAGAGGUGGCCCCCACCAUUCAUGGUUCACUGGGAGUAAGCUUCAUAGGUGGCUAUUUUAUUAUUAUGUACACAAAAGGUGUGAAACCUCAGUAGCUGAGUAAAGACAUGAUGAAUGUAUGACUAUACUGUGAGCAAUUUUGACGAUAAAUGAAAGUGGAUGUGUGUUCCUAUGACAUUUGGGAGUGGGGCAGUGAUUUAUAUAUUAUACAUAUUAUAUAAUGUGUAAUAUAUGCAAUAUUAUACUUUAAAAACAAACUUUAGACAGUGACACUGAUACUGAGUCCAGUUGAGGUCAGUGGCUGUCAAGCAAUGGCUUUGCACAUAUACAGACAUGUCUGACCACAGGGAUUAUCUACACAAAUAGUGACAGCGCUGCACAAUUAGCUAAUUAACUUAAUGACUUAAUUAGGAUGGGUGGGAUGUGUUCGCAGUGUUGUGUGCAUAAUUAUUGAUUUAUCAUGUGCAUGAGUGUGACAGGGGAGGUUAAAUAGCAAGCAUGCCAAUUAAAUAGUCUCUGUCAAAACCAAGGCUGUGAGACCCAGAUGGCACAUGGUGCUAGCCCAACAUAUGCACAGUGAAGAAUGCUUUUGUCCGGCAACAAACAUUAUUAACAUUAUUUCUGCAACUUUAUUCCAUCCUCUUUGCUGUUGAGCACCCAGGGCAACACCUUGUGCAGUGCUGAAGAUGCUGUCCUUAAAGUUAUACAUCAAAAACUUUACCUUUUCUUUCUCUUUCUAAGUUUGUGUCUUUUACCUGAGUGUUGGUUCUUUUGUUCCGCUUCAUGACAUACAAACAAACUCACUUUUUGUCUUGUUGAAAAUACAGAUAUCAGCUGAAAGUUUGCUUCUUUACCUGCUCUAAUGAUGGCCCACGUGAAUAAUAGUCAGCCAAAAUGUGCAAUAAUGUGCAAGUAACCAUGACAAUGCAUGACAUGUGAUGUUCAUUAAAGUCAGCUGAAUAAAGUUCAAAAGAGAACCAUCAUUAAAACAA